GGGACCCCAGAGCAGGCGGCAAGUCGCCGGGGAGGAGAUUCCAUCCGCAACAUGCCGGACGUCGAGGAGAAAAUGCCCCUGAAGGGCCCAGGCGACGCACAGUGCCGGUCCUGCAAGCCCGAGACCUCAGCACCGACCCCGGAAGACCGGAGAGGCCCCGAGGACCACCCCGCCCGUCUGAUAGGUACAGUGGACGAUGUUUCUAAGCCGAGCAACAAGAUUGGAAUGAAUCAUGAUUUCCACGUGGAAGAAAAGGUUUCCUCUCCAAGCAGUUUGGAAGGCAAGGUCAAGGAGACAAUGCACAAUGCCUUUUGGGACCAUCUCAAAGAGCAGUUGUCAGCUACUCCCCCAGACUUCAGUUGUGCUCUUGAACUUCUGAAAGAAAUUAAAGAGAUCCUGUUGUCACUGCUGUUACCGCGCCAGAGCCGCCUGCGAGGAGAGAUCGAAGAAGCACUGGACACAGAGCUCCUCAAGCGGAAAGCGGAACACGGGGCCUUGAAUGUCUCUCUUCUCUCUAAGUACGUUCUCGACAUGAUGACUCUGCUGUGUGCACCCGUUCGAGACGAAGCAGUGCAGAAUCUGGAGAACAUCACUGACCCUGUUCGGUUACUGAGAGGGAUCUUCCAGGUUCUGGGCCUGAUGAAAAUGGACAUGGUGAACUAUACUAUCCAGAGCCUUCAACCCCACCUGCAGGAACAUUCCAUCCAGCAUGAACGGGCGACAUUCCAGGAACUCCUCAAUAAGCAGCCAAGCCUCCUUGACCACACCACCAAGUGGCUGACCCAAGCAGCUGUAGACCUUACCACGCCACUUCCGAUUUGCCUGGACAUUUCCGACUCCACCACCAUGGCCUGCUCCUCUCCGAAUGAGACAAUCAGCAGCCCCGAGCCCCUCAGCCCCACAAUGGUGCUGUCCCAGGGUUUCCUGAACCUCCUUCUCUGGGACCCUGAGAAUGAAGAGUUCCCUGAGACGCUGCUGAUGGACAGGACCCGGCUUCGGGAGCUGGAGUCCCAGUUGCACCGGCUGACCCUCCUGGCCUCAGUCUUGCUGGUGGCCAGUAGUUUCUCUGGCAGUGUUCUGUUUGGCUCACCUCAGUUUGUGGAUAAGCUGAAACGUAUAACCAAAGACCUGAUAGAGGAGUUUGACUCCAGGCCUGAAGAGGCUAUGCAGACUGUGAGUGAACAGGUGUCUCAGGAAAUCCAUCAAAGCCUCAAGAACAUGGGGCUUGCUGCUCUGAGCAGUGACAACACAGCUUCGCUGAUUGGACAGCUCCAGAACAUUGCCAAGAAGGAGGACUGUGUCCGCAGCGUCAUUGAUCAGCGGAUCCAUUUGUUUCUCAAAUGCUGUUUGGUCCUUGGUGUGCAGCGGUCCCUGUUAGACCUCCCCGGAGGCCUUACUGUCAUUGAAGCAGAACUGGCAGAACUGGGCCAAAAGUUUGUCAGCCUAACGCAUCACAAUCAGAAGGUGUUUGGCCCCUACUACACGGAGAUCCUAAAAACCCUCAUCCCUCCAGCCCAGGCCCUGGAAACCGAGGUGGAGUCUCUGUGACUGCACGGACUCCAAGCCCCGGCCCCUUGGACCCAGGCGAGAGCUCAGCAUGCUCCUGGGGUGAUCUCACCAGCGACCAUCAGAGCAGGAAGCCCUCCUCCCCUCCCGAGGGCAGUCCACCAGGGCUGAAGUGAGCAGCAUGUCAGCAGCAACUGGCCCAAACUCAUUCACCAAUAAACUUAUGGA